UAUAACAAGUUCUCUCUCUUUCAGCCGAGAUUUAGAGAAGGUAAAACAGAAUAGGCUAGAAAGAGACAGAGCUAGUUGGUUCACCCCAUCAAUGGCGGCUUCCAACGGGAGCGAGUACUUUGAGUUCGACAUUGAAACAGGGAACGAGUCCUUUGGGAGGCCGUCGAAUGCUGAAUCGGUUGCUCAAGAUGAAGAGCAGCUUCUAUGGGCAGCCAUCGCCAGGUUACCUUCGCAGAAGCGUUCUCACUUCGCUUUGCUCAGGAAGUCGCCUUCGGGUAAACAAGGCACUGAGACGAUCGAUGUCACCAAACUCGAUCGUGAAGGACGUGAAAGUCUCGUGAAGAAAGCCUUGGCUACAAACGAUCAAGAUAAUAAUAAGCUUCUUUCCGCCAUUAAAGAUCGCCUCAAUAGAGUCGGAAUUGAGGUGCCAAACGUAGAAGUUCGAUUCGAGAAUUUGAACGUAGUGGCGAAGGUUCAAACUGGUUCAAGAGCCUUGCCUACCCUAAUCAAUUUCUCUCGUAAUGCUAUUGAGAGUAUCUUGACUAGUUUGAGAAUAUGUCAACCAAAACGACACUCUUUAACUAUUCUAAACGACAUCAGCGGGGUUGUGAAGCCAGGAAGGAUGACUCUGCUCUUAGGGCCUCCAGGCUCGGGCAAAUCUACUCUGCUUUUAGCUCUUGCGGGAAAACUUGACAGCAACUUAAAGAAAACUGGAAAAAUCACCUACAACGGCCAUGAACUUGAUGAGUUCUGUGUCCAAAGGACUUCUGCCUACAUUGGCCAAACAGAAAACCACAUAGCAGAACUGACUGUCAGAGAGACUUUGGACUUCGCAGCUAGGUGUCAAGGUGCAAGUGAAGGAUUUGCAGCGUACAUGGAAGAUUUGGCUCAGUUAGAGAAGGAGAGGAGCAUUCGUCCAAGUCCGGAGAUAGAUGCAUUUAUGAAGGCAGCAUCUGUUGGUGGGAAAAAACACAGCGUGUCAACAGAUUAUGUGAUGAAAGUGCUAGGCCUAGACGUAUGUUCUGAGACGCUUGUUGGUAGUGACAUGCUUAGAGGCAUAUCAGGUGGACAGAGAAAACGAGUUACUACAGGAGAAAUGAUUGUAGGGCCAAGGAAAACCUUGUUUAUGGAUGAAAUCUCUACUGGGUUAGAUAGCUCUACUACAUUUCAGAUAGUAAAAUGCAUUGGGAACUUUGUUCAUCACAUGGAAGCAACUGUACUGCUAGCUCUUCUUCAGCCCGCUCCUGAGACAUUCGAUUUGUUUGACGACAUUGUGUUAUUAUCAGAAGGAUAUGUGGUAUACCAAGGUCCUAAGGAAGAUGUUUUAGAGUUUUUUGAGUCAUUGGGUUUUCGACUCCCACCAAGAAAGGGUGUCGCAGAUUUUCUACAAGAGGUGACAUCCAGAAGGGAUCAAGCUCAGUACUGGGCAGAUCCUUCAAAGCCAUACGUGUUUAUUCCCGUUUCAGAAAUUGCUAAAGCCUUCAAAGAAUCCAGAUUUGGAAGGUCUCUGCAGUCUGAUCUUUCUAUACCAUAUGACAAAUCUAAAAGUCAUCCUUCAGCUUUGUCAAAAUCAAAAUACGCAGCUUCAAAAUGGGAACUAUUUAAAGCAUGCUAUGCACGAGAAAUACUGUUGAUAAGCAGGCACCGUUUUCUUUACAUAUUCAGGACAUGCCAGGUAGCAUGUGUUGGGCUCGUCACAUGCACAAUGUUUCUUCGAACAAGAUUACACCCCGUAGAUGAGAUACAGGGCAACCUUUACCUGGCUUGCCUAUUUUUCGGUCUGGUGCACAUGAUGUUCAAUGGAUUUUCUGAGCUACCUAUAAUGAUUUCUCGACUUCCAGUGUUUUACAAACAAAGAGACAAUUUGUUUCACCCUGCAUGGGCAUGGUCCGUUUGUAGUUGGCUUCUACGGGUUCCUUACUCAGUUAUUGAAGCUGUUGUCUGGUCUUGUGUUGUAUAUUACACUGUUGGUUUCGCCCCUGGCCUUGGGAGAUUUUUACGUUUCAUGAUUUUACUAUUUUCUGUGCACCAAAUGGCAUUGGGUCUUUUCCGGAUGAUGGCAGCACUUGCUCGAGAUAUGAUCAUUGCCAACACAUUUGGGUCGGCGGCACUUUUAAUUAUUUUCCUGUUGGGUGGAUUCAUCCUUCCGAAAGAAAUGAUUACGCCAUGGUGGGAAUGGGCUUUUUGGCUGUCUCCACUUUCUUAUGGACAACGUGCAAUUUCCGUCAACGAAUUUACAGCCACUAGGUGGAUGGAGAAGUCAUUUCUUGUUAACAGCACAGUUGGGUAUAAUGUUCUCCACUCACAUAGCUUACCCACGGGUGAUUAUUGGUACUGGCUAGGAGUUGGAGUUUUAUUGCUUUAUGCUUUGCUUUUCAACAACAUUGUAACUUUGGCCUUGACCUACCUUAACCCACUUACGAAACCUCAAACAGUCAUUCCAAUUGAAGUAGAUAAAGACAAUCAUUCAGCAAAUGGUGUGUGUGAGAAUGAUGUCGAACUAAAAACAUAUGCUAUAGAUGGCAACAAAAGGAAGGGAAUGAUUCUUCCAUUCAAACCAUUGACAAUGACUUUCAAUAAUGUCAAUUACUUUGUCGAUAUGCCAAAGGAAAUGAGGUCGAAAGGUAUAUUAGAAAAUAGAUUACAACUCUUGUCUGAUGUAAGCGGAGUUUUCUCACCUGGUGUUCUCACUGCUUUGGUUGGGUCAAGCGGGGCUGGAAAGACUACUUUGAUGGACGUGCUUGCUGGGAGGAAAACUGGUGGGUACAUAGAAGGUGAAAUUAAGAUUUCCGGUUACCCAAAAGAGCAACGCACUUUUGCAAGAAUUUCAGGAUACGUUGAGCAAAAUGAUAUCCACUCUCCUCAAGUGACAGUUGAAGAGUCUCUAUGGUUUUCUUCAUCUCUUCGCCUACCAAAGGAAGUUAGCCAAGAGAAAAGACAUGAGUUUGUUGAGGAAGUAAUGAGAUUAGUAGAGCUUGACACUCUAAGGCACGCUUUGGUUGGUCUACCGGGUAGUACAGGGUUAUCAACAGAGCAAAGAAAGCGUUUAACAAUUGCAGUGGAGCUUGUGGCAAAUCCUUCUAUUAUUUUUAUGGAUGAACCUACAUCUGGACUUGAUGCACGAGCAGCAGCCAUUGUGAUGAGGACUGUACGCAAUACUGUUGAUACGGGAAGAACUGUAGUCUGUACUAUACAUCAACCAAGCAUUGAUCUAUUUGAGGCAUUUGAUGAGCUUCUUCUUAUGAAACGAGGAGGCCGUCUCAUAUACGGAGGGAAACUUGGUCUACACUCACAAACGAUGAUAAGCUAUUUUCAGGGAAUUAGCGGAAUUCCUAAAAUUCCUAGCAGUUAUAAUCCAGCAACUUGGAUGCUUGAGGUUACUACACCUGCUACUGAAGAAAGGCUUGGUAUAGACUUUGCAACUAUUUAUAGAAAUUCGGAGCAAUACAGGGAAGUGGAAGCUUCUAUUAACCAUUUUAGUACUCCAGCUUCUGAUUCAGAACCAUUGAGAUUCUCUUCUACUUAUUCACAAGAUAGGCUCUCUCAAUUUUUGAUUUGUUUGUGGAAACAAAAUCUGGUAUAUUAUAGAAGUCCAGCAUACAAUGCCAUAAGAUUAGUUUUCACGGCAGUGAGCGCAUUGAUAUUUGGUUCUGUAUUUUGGAAUAUUGGCUCUAGAAGGGAAUCAACCCAAGACUUGUUUAUGGUUAUGGGAGCUCUUUACGCUGCUACCAUGUUUCUUGGGGUCAAUAAUGCAUCUUCAGUACAACCGGUUGUUUCAAUUGAAAGGACUGUAUUCUAUCGAGAGAAAGCUGCUGGAAUGUAUUCUCCAUUUGCUUAUGCAAUUUCCCAGGGCCUAGUAGAGAUCCCAUACAUUGCUGCGCAGACCAUACUCUAUGGUGUCAUUACCUACUUCAUGAUCAACUAUGAAAGAACAAUUGGAAAAUUCUUCCUUUACCUUCUGUUCAUGUUCUUGACAUUCACCUACUUUACCUUUUAUGGCAUGAUGGCUGUUGGUCUCACACCUUCUCAGAACUUAGCAGCCGUCAUAUCAUCAGCAUUUUACUCUCUGUGGAAUCUCCUUUCAGGCUUUCUCGUCCCACAACCAAACAUCCCAGGUUGGUGGAUUUGGUUCUAUUAUAUCUGUCCAGUAGCAUGGACACUCAAAGGAAUUAUAUCAUCUCAGCUAGGAGAUGUGGAAACAAGGAUUGUAGGACCUGGAUUCGAUGGGACUGUGAAAGAGUACCUGGAAGUUAGUCUUGGCUAUGGUCCUGGUAUGAUUGGGGUUUCAGCCGCUGUUCUUAUUGGUUUCAGUGUUCUUUUCUUCACUGUCUUUGCUGUCUCAGUCAAGGUCCUCAACUUUCAGAAGAGAUGAAUAAAUUAUUCGAUACUUUUCAAUAACUGGAAAAGAUAAAUCAGAGGAAGAUAGAAAUGGUUCGCCAAAUAUACAGAUUUUUAAGCUUAGUUUACAUAAUUCACAGCCUUAGUAAAUAUAGAAGUUAAAUAUUAGGAUUUUUUUUUUGUUUAUAAUUGAAAGUAAUUAUAAAUUUUUUGUUAUAGUUAGAUUCAUUUUAGUUGUUUUCAGUAUUUGUCAGAAACUAUAAAUGAAUUAUUAAUGGCAAUUACUGAUCUUCAUUUACUAA